AUGAAGGGAGUUAUUAGAGCAUUACAGAAUUUCUCAAUUGAAGAAAAUUUCAAAACAUGCAUGGUUCGUAGUGCACUUUCUAAGGAUGAGACAGGACCUGCUAAUUGGGGAAGGAUUCACCCUGAAUGGAGUUCAUGCGGCAAUGGAUCUAUGCAGUCUCCUAUUGAUCUGUUGAACGAAAGAGUUCAAGUAGUGUCCCAUUUGGGGAGACUCAACAGAAGUUACAAGCCUGCCAAUGCCACUCUUAGGAAUAGGGGCCAUGAUAUGAUGCUCAAUUGGGAAGAUGGUGCAGGAACUAUCGAGAUAAACGGAACUGAAUACGUACUCAAACAGUGUCACUGGCAUUCACCUUCUGAACAUACAAUCGAUGGCAAGAGGCUUGCUUUGGAGAUACACAUGGUUCAUGAAAGCCAGGAUGGCAAGAUUGCUGUUGUUGGGAUUAUGUACACGAUAGGAAGACCAGACUCUUUCCUGUCAUCUUUGACAGAACAAUUACAAUCGGUUGCCGGCACCAAUGAACGAGAUACAGUGGCGGGCGUGGUUGAUCCAAGGAAGAUCAAGAUAGGCAGCAGAAAGUAUUAUAGAUACAUUGGCUCCCUUACAAUUCCUCCUUGCUCUGAAAAUGUUCUGUGGACAAUUGUUAGAAAGGUGAGGACUGCCACAAAAGAACAAGUUCGGUUGCUUCGUGUAGCUGUUCAUGAUGAUUCAGACACAAAUGCAAGACCAUUACAGCCAAUAAAUAGUCGAACGGUGAAACUUUUUAGACCAGACGACAGGGAUGACUAG